CCCCGGAACCGACUCUACGCCCUUCAAUUUUUAUUCGCAUCUCCAACCCACGAUUCAACCCAUAAUUUCCGUCUCAAUCUCCUCUUCUCCUUCCCCAUACCCACUAAUUUCUGCUUCCUUUCGAGCGAUUUCUUGUUGAUUUCAUCUUAUGACGUUCUGAUUUGUGUCGACACAUCGGGAUCUGACGUUUUCAAAACGAUGGUCGUGAACGGCCGUCCCUUGAAGAGGAUGAAGAGGAGAGUAACGGCCGAUCUCAACGAUUUUCUCACUUUUCCCUCCGGCGAAUACACGGCCACCGGACCUUUCAGGACAAGCGUAAGGGAGUUUUUACUGAGACACGCGCUCCUCCCUCCGCCGUCGUCUCUCCUCCCGCAUCUGCUGACGUGGCAGAUCCUGUUUCGAGUUGGGGAACAGAGGAGCAACGUGAAUGGCGAUGCGUCUGUGUGCCUUGAUGUGGUGGAGGAAGACGUGACCAGAUCUAGGUCGGUGUAUUGCGAUCAGUGCCGAGUCGUUGGGUGGAGCGGUAACCCAGUCUGUGGAAAGAGGUACCAUUUUAUAAUCAAGGGCGAUGGAGCUUCCAUUGGUGGCUACAACAAGUCAUGUGCUGGUUGUGGUGCUUCUCUCCAUUUGUCUGACUCAAGGUGCAAGUCAUGCAACCAUGUCAUGACUACUAAAGAUAUUGAGGACUGGAUGUAUAACCAGCUGGAUGAUACCAAUCAUCUUUUACAUGGAGUUGUCCAUGUAAACGGUUACGGUCACAUCCUCAGAGUCAAUGGCAGAGAAGGCGGAUCUCAGGUCCUCUCAGGCAGCCAUAUUAUGGACUUUUGGGAUCGCCUCUGCAAAGCACUUGGAGUCAGGCAAGUCAGCGUUAUGGAUGUCUCGAAGAAAUACGGUUUGGAGUUUCGGCUACUUCACUCUGUCGUUAAGGGUCAUCCAUGGUAUGGAGAUUGGGGUUACGAGUUUGGUUCUGGAAGUUACGCUAUUACUCAUGAAGCUUACAACGACGCCAUUGAAACCCUAGCAAAUGUGCCGUUAUCUACCUUAUUAUCACAAGGCCGUAAACCGAGAACACACUUGCAGGACUUGAUAGCCUUUUAUCAAAUCUUAUCAGAGGUGGAACUUGUAACAAUUAGAGAACUCUUUCGUUACUUGACGACCUUAUUACAUGACGCUAACAAGAACCGCACAAUGGUCGAUUUUAGGACCCCCAAGAAGGUUAGAUUAAGUGAGUCGAGGGUGUUAUGUGUUUGGAACACAAGUGACAUAGUACGUGUUGAGGAAGCAAUGGUUAGAGUUCUACGAGCAGUCAGUGGUUCAUCAUGGGUCUGUUGGCGGUCUUUACGAGGGGCUGUUUGUCGAGUUGGUGAGCCUGAACUGUUGGAUUACUGCCUUAAGGAACUAAAAGGGAAACAAGCAGCUGAUGGUAUGGUGGUUAAUGCCCGAGCCAAUCCGGAUUCUGGUGCUCUUGAAUACAGGCUUGAACCCGGUAGUGCGCAUUUGAGCUAUGCCACCAACAAUCACCCGAUUGUUAGUAGCCCGUCCGAAGAUCAUUUGUUGCGGGAUCUAAGAUACUUAUAUGAAGCUUUACUCCAUCCUCAAUUGGACACAAAUCAUAUGCCCAUUACAAAGAGGAACACAGCAGUAAGCUCAGCCAUGAAGAUUCUCGAUUGCAAACAGUUUGUGAAGAACUACCACCCAGAAUGCUUCUUCUCAAAAGCAAACCCGUAUUCACUUAUAAUCUCGUGUAAACUCGAACCGGUGGAACAAACCGAAGAAACCUUCGUGAACCCACCUCCUGAGCACAUAAUCGUUUCCCCUAAUGCCACCAUUUACGACCUUAAGGUAGAGGCAUCGAAGGCUUUUCAGGAAGUUUAUUUGAUUCUGAGAAGAUUUCAAGCAGAAGAGCUUGUUGAUUAUAGAGGUGUUGAUGAAUCCACCCAAAUCAAGCUUCUGUUUGGGUCGAAGAUCGAAACGGUUGGUGUUCGUGGGAAGUAUGUUGGGAAAGGCUCGCUAAGUAAGUUCCGAAUGGAAAGAGGGGUGGAGACAUGGAUGUUGGAUUGUAGAUGUGGAGCCAAGGAUGACGAUGGCGAGAGGAUGCUGGCGUGUGAUGUGUGUGGCGUAUGGCAACACACACGGUGUGCCGGUAUCCUGGAUUCCGACGUGGUGCCGUUGAAGUUUGUUUGUUAUAAAUGUGAUCACGACGACAAAAUGGUGGAUUCAAUUGGCCUUGUGGGUGGCUGAUAAUUUUUGUAAAUUCUUUGGUAUCUUUAUUUUGAUUUUGGUGCAGCCUCUGCAAUGCAAUACUUGCCCUCCAUCUUUCUUUUUUGUUAUAAAUGGAAACGGAAUGAAAAGAUCAAAACAAACUGACUGAAGCC